ACAUCUUCAUAAGAAAAAAAGCAAGCGCGUGGCUAGUGAGUGAUCAUUCUUUCUAUAAAGAAGGGGAAAGGUCCCUUCUUCUCGUUCUUCUCCCUCUCUCUUUCUCUCGAGCUUAUUUCUUCCCGGACAUCUAUCAAAUCGUCCAUCAAUUUCAAUUUCUUUGGUAUAGUUAUUAUGGUCGUGUGCCCGGUGGGCUCGAAGCGGAAUCGGGAAGAGUAAUGGAAAAAGGGAAAGAGAGACGGUGUGACGGUCUGGUGUACUCUCGAUCCCACUGGGAUCUCAUGAACUCGGGUGGCUUGGUGAUUGGCUUCUAUUGUUGGGGUUGGGAGUUCUUGACUGCUCUCCUUCUUUUCAGUUGGCCUUCGUCUCCCUUCUAUUAGAUUUCUUAUAUCAUUCAUUUCCAAUUCCAAUUCAUAUUCCAUCUUAGGGUUUUUAGGUCGGGGGUUUAGAACAAGUUUUGAUAUUUUUCUAGUUAUAGUUUCGAUCGAACCUAAAGGAAUUAGCGAAGAUGGCUCAGAGAUGUGUGCCGGCUCCGUUCCUGACGAAGACGUAUCAGUUGGUGGAGGAUCCGAUCACCGACGACGUGAUCUCCUGGAACGACACCGGAACUACCUUCGUCGUCUGGAAACCUGCAGAUUUCGCCAAGGAUUUGCUUCCUAAGUACUUCAAGCACAACAAUUUCUCCAGCUUCGUUCGCCAACUUAACACCUAUGGUUUCCGGAAGAUAGUGCCGGACAGAUGGGAAUUCGCGAACGAGUCAUUCAGAAGAGGAGAAAAGGAUCUCCUCUGCGAUAUCCACCGGCGUAAGGCGGCGCCGACGUCUCCAGAUGUCGGAAAAUCCAACGGCAAUGGCGGUAGCGGCGGCGGCGGAGGAGGAGGAGGACUGUCAACGCCUGCGAUUUCGGGGGAGGAUGUGGGGUCCACAUCGACAUCGUCACCCGGGUCGAGGAACCACGGUUCGGAUGAGACGGCGGUUUCGGAUCUUUCCGACGAGAACGAGAAGCUCCGGAAGGAUAACCAAUUGCUGAGCGCAGAGCUGGCGCAGACUAAGAAGCAGUGCGAGGAGCUGAUGACCUUCUUGUCCAGCUACCUCAAGGUGGGUCCCGAGCAGAUCGACCGUAUCAUGUCGCAAGGGACCAAUGGGCCCAGCCGUGAUCCGUCGGUCGAGAUCAAUAUCAGUGACGACAACAACAAUGAUGAUGAUGACGAAAAAUUAGAAGCACAGGAGGAAGAAGUGAAGCUGUUCGGGGUGUGUUUGAAGAUGAACGGUGGAAGAGGGGGGAAUAAUAAGAGAGGACGUGGUCCUGAAGACUUGGGUGGAAGUGGGUCACCUAUGAAAGAGAUGAAAGUGGCUAGGGACUUUGAGGUUCCAUGGAUGAGGAUAUCUUCUUCCCCAGGUGAGACCAGCAAGGUCUGCAACUGAAGUCUGGUAGUAGAAGUAGUAGUAGUAAGGACCUGUUUGGUUUUCCUGUUGUCGAUGGAUAUGACAUUGUAGUCUUCGAAUUAGUUGAUGACGAUUGGUAAUGGUGGGAGUCAGGGAAGGCCCAAAAAAGCAGAAAAAAAGUCCUUUCUUUUGAUCUUAAGCCGUGCAUGCGUAGUAGAAACUAGAAAGGUGUAGAAGAUCUUCACAUGUGUGCUUUUUUCUUCUUUAUUUUCCAUUUCAGUCAAUGGUGAAUUGUUAUGAUGAUGAUGAUUGUAAAGGGGCUUGGGAUGUGAAACGUGGAAAGGAUAAGAGAAACUCUUCACACCAUGAUUUCUAUCCUCUCUUUAUGUACAUAAUAGUAAUAUUCUUCUUUUCCAUUA